AUGAUUCCUCUUUGUUUGGGAAACUUAAGUGGCCAUCUCAUAGAUUUGGAUUUGCAAAGCAACAAUCUUCAUGGCACUAUCCCUAAAACAUUUGUGAAGGGCUAUUACUUGAAAAGUCUUAAAUUCAAUGACAACCAAUUGAAAGGAUCAUUGCCACAAUCAUUGGUCCAUUGUAGAAAGUUGGAAGUUCUAGAUUUUGGUAACAACAAGAUUAAUAUCACCUUCCCUAGUUGGCUGGGAACUCUUCCAAAGUUGCGAGUUCUUAUCUUGCGAUCAAACAGCUUUCAUGGUGCCAUAGGAAAUCCCAAGACCAAAUUCAUGCGAAUCAUAGACCUCUCUCACAAUGAGUUCCAUGGGAUUUUGCCAACUAACGUUUUCAAAUAUUUGAAAGCAUUGAUGAAAGCGAAUGUGGAUAAAGGUCAAUUGAAAUAUAUGGGUAAUAAGUAUUAUCAAGAUUCUGUGAUAGUGGUGAUGAAAGGGUUUUUUAUUGAAAUGCUGAAAAUCCAAAGUCUAUUCACAACCAUUGAUUUCUCCAACAAUAAUUUCAAAGGAGGAAUUCCAAAAGCAGUUGGAAAGCUUCGAUCACUGAAGGGGCUUAAUUUUUCACAUAGUAAUCUUAUAGGUUGUAUGCCUCCAUCAUUGGGAAAUUUUACCAAUCUUGAAUGUGGGAACUUGGGGUUAUAUGGAUUUCCAUUGGCAAAAUCUUGUGGCAAUGAUGAGGAACAACCACCACCACCAUCUUCAAUCACUCAAGAAGAUGAUUUCAAAUUUGAAAAUGGGUUUCAUUGGAAAGUUGUAUUGUUGGGGUAUGGUUGUGGAUUCAUUUUUGGAUUGGGUUUGGGUUAUCUUGUGUUCUCAAGUGGGACCCCAAAAUGGCUAGUGAAUAUUGUUUAA